GACUAGAACACAUGAUGAAUUAAUUGAAAUUGAAAAGGCUUUUGACUUUUUGUGAAUGAUAGUAGAUAUUUUCAUCACACACACGCAUGCAUGUGAUUUCUUUCUGUCUUUCAUCUACACACAGUCACACUCUAACUGUGUUUUUGUGUGUCUGUGGAACAAAAGAAAAAUGCUUCUUCGGUUAACAUCACCAUUUUCACUUUCUCUCCCUUCAAUUUCCAAACCCAAUUUUCUUUCAUCUUUCUCUCGCGGCCAUUCACUGCAACUUCCUUCUUCUUCUACUUUCCAAACAACUUCACUUCGCAUCAUCAAUUCCCCAUCAACACCUCUUUCUUGCUUAAUCUCUUCUUCUUCUACUGUGGACGAAACUACUUCCAUUUCUCAGAUGCAGGAUAAUUUGUUAUUGUACUCAAAAGCUUAUUGGGUCACUGAAUCUGUUAUUGCUUGGAAUGUUGAUGUUCAAAAUGGGUUUUCUUAUUUACUUUCCAGCAAAAAUGCUUCUUUAACCAUUUCAAAUUCUCAAAUUCAAGGUGAGGAUUUGAAAAUUAAGCUUCAAGAGGAUAAGGCUGGCCUUCCUGCAAAUGUGGUGGAGAAAUUUCCACAUAUUCGAGGUUACAGAGCUUUCAAUGUGCCACCUGGUUCGGAUGUUAAAUCUCUUCUUAAAUCCCAGUUGGCGGUUGCUAUUUAUGAUUCUGAUGAGAAAUGCAGGAAUUGUACUGGUUUGCAAUUACCUGGUGUUUUAGAUGAUCUUUUCUCAUAUAAUGGUCCCCUUGGUGCACUUUUCUCAGAGGAAGCCGUGUCACUCUACUUGUGGGCACCUACUGCUCAAUCGGUGCGUGCUUACAUCUAUAAGCAUCCAUCAGGAGAUGAUCCCAUAGAAAUCGUUCCCCUUGAGGAGGAGCAUGGUGUUUGGAGAACUAAAGGGCGAAAAAGUUGGGAGGGUUGUUACUAUGUUUAUGAAGUAUGCGUAUACCACCCUAGUACUUCACGUGUUGAAAAAUGCUAUGCUAAUGAUCCAUAUGCUAGAGGACUUUCAUCAGAUGGCAGGCGGACUUUUCUGCUUAAUCUUGACUCUGAUGAGUUAAAACCUGAUGGAUGGGAUAAUCUGGCUAAUGAGAAGCCCAUUUUACAUUCUUUCUCUGAUAUAAGCAUAUAUGAACUGCAUAUAAGGGACUUCAGUGCCAAUGACCUCUCUGUGCAACCUGAAUUUCGUGGUGGUUAUUUGGCCUUUACUUUGCCGGAUUCGGCAGGUGUACUUCAUCUAAAGAAAUUAUCAAGUGCUGGUAUCACGCAUGUCCAUCUAUUGCCAACAUUUCAGUUUGCUGGGGUUGAUGAUCAAAAGGAGAACUGGAGAAAUGUUGAUAAGUCGGUACUGGAAAGCUUUCCACCUGAUUCAGAUCAGCAACAAGCUCUUAUUACAGCCAUCCAAAACUUUGACGGAUAUAACUGGGGGUACAAUCCUGUUCUUUGGGGUGUCCCUAAAGGCAGCUAUGCAAGUAAUCCAAAUGGUCCAAACCGUGCCAUUGAGUUUCGUAAGAUGGUUCAGGCUCUUAAUCAUAACGGCCUUCGCAUUGUGUUGGAUACUGUCUACAAUCAUUUGCAAGGAAGUGGACCCUCCGGUGAACAUUCUGUCCUUGAUAAGGUUGUUCCAGGUUACUAUCUAAGAAGGAACACAGAUGGUUUCAUUGAGCACAGUACUUGUAUGAAUAAUACUGCGAGUGAGCACUUUAUGGUCGAGCGUUUAAUCCUUGAUGAUCUUGUACACUGGGCAGUCAAUUACAAGAUUGAUGGGUUCAGAUUUGACCUUAUGGGUCAUAUAAUGAAGAGGACAAUGGUUAAUGCUAAGAAUGCUCUCCAUCGUUUAACAAAAGAAAAGGACGGAGUUGAUGGUUCCAGCAUCUACAUAUAUGGUGAAGGAUGGGACUUUGGAGAAGUUGCAAAUAAUGGGCGUGGGAUAAAUGCUUCUCAGUUUAAUCUUUCUGGAACACAAAUUGGGAGCUUUAAUGAUCGAAUUCGUGAUUCUGUGCUUGGUGGAUCUCCAUUUGGCAACCCUCUACAACAGGGUUUUGUGACUGGUCUACUUUUGCAGCCUAAUGGCCAUGAUCAUGGAACAGAAGAUAAUAUAAAAUCCAUGCUUGCUGCAUCAAUGGAUCACAUCCAGAUUGGAAUGGCUGGAAACUUGCAAGAUUUUGUGCUAACCAACUCCAAAGGAGAAGAGGUGAAAGGGUCAGAAGUUUUAACAUAUGGUGGGACACCGGUCGCUUUUGCCUCAUUCCCCAUAGAGACGGUCAAUUAUGUUUCUGCUCACGAUAAUGAAACCCUCUUUGACAUUGUGAGCUUAAAGACUCCAAUGGAUAUCGGUGUAGCUGAGAGAUGCAGGAUAAACCAUUUGGCAACAAGUGUUAUAGCAUUAUCACAGGGAAUACCAUUUUUUCACUCUGGUGAUGAGAUACUCCGCUCAAAGUCACUGGAUCGAGAUUCAUACAAUUCUGGGGAUUGGUUUAACAGGCUUGACUUUACAUAUAAUUCCAAUAAUUGGGGAGUUGGUCUUCCUCCACAGGAGAAAAAUGAAAAAAGCUGGCCGAUAAUGAAACCAAGACUGGCAGACCCAUCCUUCAGGCCUCAAAAGACUGACAUCCUUGCUGCCAUGGAAAAUUUCUUAAACCUGUUGCGUAUAAGGUAUUCUUCACCACUUUUCCGCUUGAGGACGGCAAACGCUAUACAGCAACGAGUACGCUUUCACAACACUGGACCAUCGUUGGCUUAUGGAGUCAUAGUGAUGAGUAUUGAAGAUGGUCAUGAUGGCUUUCCUGGGUUGUCUCAGCUGGAUCCCAUAUAUUCAUUCAUUGUUGUCGUUUUCAACGCAAGUCCACAAGAAGUAUCAUUUGUUAGCCCUUCCCUGCAAUCAAGAAAUCUUCAUUUGCAUCCCAUUCAGGAAAUCUCAUCUGAUGAUCUUGUUAAGAGCUCAAAAUAUGAGGCUUCGUCUGGUUGCUUUGUUAUACCUCGAAGGACUACAGCUGUGUUUGUCGAGCCAAGGAAAAGUAAAAUAUGAUGCCUUUUUAACGAACUAAAUUUUUAUGUUUUUGGAAGUCUAAGGCGAUUUGUCUUUGUGGCCUUACCCUUGAAUUGGUGGUCUAACCCUUGGACCGGCCCUGUCUUUCAAUUUUGAAGGUUAAGCCAAUAAUGUAAUAAUUGCAUACUAUAUUACUAAUGAUUAUGAUGCUAGUUUUGGUUCAUCAA